UCCCAAAAUGUGUGUGCGCAGGACUGUAGAGGGCGCAACCAUUUCACACCUCUGCCAGCGCGUGAAGAGGCCUCAUAUUAAUAAUCAUUAUCUGAGGAUGACAAUCCUGAGAGAGUGAUGAAGAUCAGCAUCAUCUCCAGCGGUCACUGACAGCUGUGGAAGCAGGAGGAAAGAGGCGGAUCGUGCGCAGUGGUCCAGCAGGAGGAGAAGAGCGCCGGUGUGCACAGCUGAGCGCGUUUUCUUACGGAAGACACUCAUUUGUUUUUAUUUACACUCAACUGUUUGUGGAGACGAGAAGGGGGCAAAACACACACAACAGAAAUAGCAGCAGUGUCUUCAUCACAUCGACAUCAUGAUUUCCUGCGCUGUGGCAGCACCGAGCAGAGGAAGAGGAGGAGGAGGAGGCGGAGGAGGAGAGGAGCGCUGAUUCACGGCUUGAAGGAGGAGGGAGAGCCGUGGUGUGCGGACCGAAAUCUCUGAAGAUCCAUCUCCCAACAACCUUAAAAUACCGACUCCCUCCUCUGCUUCACUUGCCACCACACCCCCGCUCACCACCACGCUCUCCUCCUCCUCCUCCUCCUCCAUUCCUCCCUCCCUCCUUACUCGUCAUUGACAGCUUUGCGACCCGGUCAGUCCGUCAGACAGACGGGGAGGAUCUGGGUAGGAGGGCGCCAAAGCAGGAGAGGACGAGAGGCGAUCACCUUCUGGCCGGUUUGAUCCGAUCGCCAAUACGGAGCAGGCUGCGGGACCUGCGGCUCCAUACGAGGGGGCGAUUUCUGGACCGUUGGACUCCACGGAUCCACAGAACAGCGUGUCCCGAGACUCUGAUCCGAUCAAACAACAAUAAUUAUAUUUUUUUUUUUUUUAAAAAAAGGGGGCGGACAGGAGCAGGUUUCGCAGUGGCCGCACACAAACUCCCCGGAAUACAAAUCCAGGUGGUGAGUGGAGAAAAACCACAGCCCAGUGCUGGAUCCCAGAGGAACUGUCAGCGUGGUAAGGACCCUUGAGACGUAGAAGGGUGCAUGGAGGGUUCAAGGCCUGUGAAACCAGGGUCCUCAGCCUGCCUCUGGUUAGGGCUGGUGUCCGUGGCUGUAGCCUUCCUUUGUACUGAGGCCCGGACCACCCCGAGUCCUCUGCUAAGCCCCAGCAAUGGAACUUGUCAUGGUAACAACAAGUGUAAUAAAGGGAUCAUCCUGCCCAUAUGGUAUCCAGAGGAUCCCUCCAUGGGAGACAAGAUCGCACGGGUCAUUGUGUAUUUUGUGGCCAUGAUCUACAUGUUUCUUGGAGUGUCCAUAAUUGCUGACCGCUUCAUGGCAGCCAUUGAGGUCAUCACUUCCCAAGAGAGGGAAAUUGUCAUCAAAAGGCCUAAUGGGGAAACGACAACCACCACGAUCCGGGUGUGGAACGAUACGGUUUCCAACCUCACCCUCAUGGCUUUAGGCUCUUCUGCCCCUGAGAUAAUGCUCUCUGUAAUUGAGGUAUGUGGACAUGGAUUCAAAUCUGGAGAACUUGGGCCUGCCACAAUUGUUGGCAGCGCAGCCUUCAACAUGUUUGUCAUCAUUGGCCUCUGUGUGUCCGUCAUCCCGCAAGGUGAAGUACGUAAGGUCAAACAUCUCAGAGUGUUCUUUGUCACGGCAGGCUGGAGCAUCUUUGCUUACAUUUGGCUCUACAUGAUUCUGGCCGUGUUUUCUCCCAACGUAGUCCAGGUCUGGGAGGGUCUACUCACCCUGGCCUUCUUCCCUCUAUGCGUAAUCCUUGCCUGGGUGGCCGACAGACGACUGCUCUUCUAUAGGUUUAUGCACAAGAAGUACCGCACUGACAAACACAGGGGAGUCAUCAUUGAGACAGAGACCGAACGCUCCAAGGGGAUUGAGAUGGACGGCAAGUUGGUCAACUCUCACUUCAUGGAUGGAGGUGCAGCAAGCAAUCUGAUUGGUUUAAUUGAGGGCAAAGAGGUAGAUGAGUCCCGGCGCGACAUGAUACGCAUCCUAAAAGAUUUAAAGCAGAAGCACCCAGAGAAAGACUUGGAUCAGCUGGUGGAGAUGGCCAACUACUAUGCUCUCUCACACCAGCAAAAGAGCCGGGCCUUCUACCGCAUCCAAGCAACACGCAUGAUGACAGGUGCUGGAAACAUCCUGAAGAAACAUGUAGCAGAACAGGCAAAGAAGAGUGUCAGUGUGCAGGAGGUGCGCGUAGAAGAGCCAGAAGAGUAUGUGUCUCGGAUUGUUUUUGAGCCUGCGGUCUACCAGUGCCUCGAGAACUGCGGCGCCGUCAUUCUGACCAUCACCAGAAAGGGUGGUGACAUCAACAAGACGAUCUCUGUGGAUUAUAAGACAGAGGACGGGUCAGCUAACGCUGGAGCUGACUAUGAGUUCACAGAGGGUACGGUUGUAUUCAAACCAGGAGAAAUGUUUAAAGAAAUAAGCAUUGGCAUCAUAGAUGACGACAUAUUUGAAGAGGAUGAGCACUUUUUUGUACGCCUCGGUAAUUUGCAAGUGCUGGAGACAGAAGAUGAGCUGCUGUCCCCCAACAGUCUCCCAUACCCAAAUGCCAUGCUGGGCUUCCCCACCGUGGCCACCGUGACCAUUCUGGAUGAUGAUCACUCGGGCAUCUUCACCUUUGAGAGCAACUUGGUGCACAUCAGUGAGAGCAUUGGUAUUAUGGAAAUGAAGGUGCUAAGGACUUCUGGAGCAAGAGGAACGGUCAUUGUGCCUUAUCGCACCAUGGAAGGACUUGCCAAAGGAGGAGGGGAAGACUUCGAGGACACCUACGGAGAGCUCGAGUUCAAGAAUGAUGAGACGUGGUAAGACAGCAGUUCUUUUUUUCUA